AAACUAAAUCUAAUUUAUGUUUGAAAAAAGCUAAAUAAAAUAAAAGUUUACAACGCAAUUUUGUGUGUACUCAGGCGAUAUUGAGAAUUAUUUUUUUUUUGUUUCCAAAAAAGAAGAAAAAUUCUUCCAUUCUACUGACCGCCUGUCUUUUUUUUUUUUUGGGAAAUUAUAUCAAAAAAGAGUGUCUCUCAGAGAUUAUUUGAAAAUAAUUAAAAAUAAACUAUAAAAUUAUGCUUUUUUGAAAUACUACAAAAUUAAUAGAAAAAAAGCAAAAAGAAAAAAAUAAUAAAAGUGAGCGUGACGCAGAUUUUAAAAAUAGCGCAAAACAAAUCCGAAAUUUAUUUUAUUUUUUUUUUUUGUUGUUUCGCGUUGCUUUUUUGAUUAUAAACUUGCCGAGGUUAACAGAGCUCAGAGAAGCUAAGAGAAUUAAAAUUGUGAACAAAAACAAAAAAAAAAGACAAAAAUAUUAAAUAAAUUAAGAAGACUUUUUGCCUGUCGCUAGAUUUGCUUUAUUUUUGCGUUGCCGCCGCCUUUGCUUUUUUGUUAAAUUGUGAACCAUCCUACUUUACUUGGAAGUUCACAGCAGCAGCGUCGUCGUCAUUUUCUCUGUGUUUUAUUUUUGUUUUUAUUUAUUUAUUGGCGUUUAGAUGUGUGCUAGUUAAACGUGAAAUAAACAGAAAACAAUUUUUAAAAGAAUUUAAGAACUCUCAAGGUGGCUUGUACGCAUUCAUAUAAACAACUCAAACUCAAAUAAAACUGGAAACGAGUCGAGUCGUCGUCGUCACUGGUAAAUAGGAAUUCCUUUGCCGCAUUGUUGCUGCCGUUCUUAUUGCUUUUAAGGUCGAAUGUUGUGGUAGGGUUGCCAUAGUCAUUUGACAACAUAAAGCUAACUAAAACAGAAACACUUUCUAACAAAUGCGAUUUUAUCCUGGACUAUUUGACACAAUUAAAUAUAUUUACUAUAAUUUGACACGAUGAGUAAUAAAAUGGAAGAUCUAGAAAAACUGACCGACAGUGAAUUGCGUCAUCGUCUCUUACAAUAUGGCUUCCCCAAUAUGCCUGUCACCGAAACAACCAGAAAAAUCCUCAUCAAAAAGCUUCGCAAUCAUUUGACCAAUGAGAAGGCAAAAUUAAAACGUCAAACCAACUAUGUAACUCGUUAUUCAUCCGACGAAGAAUCCGAUCAAACUCCAAUAUCACCAUCAACCAUUCGAGGACGUUCAUCAGUAAUGUCAAAUUUCCGAACAUCAUCAUCAUCACUCAACAAAACGACACCCAAUAAAAUGCCACCUCCAUCAUCACCUAUUGUCCUUACAAGACGUUCUGCUGCAGCGGCAGCUAAUCUAACAUCACCACCAGCACCUUACAACAAAACAACAACCAGCAGCUACUCAAGUCCCAGUAGCCGCUAUAGUUCGUCGCCAAAGCAAAAGACCUCUCCAAAAAUCUAUGUCCCGCCACCAAUUCUAGCAUCAGAAAGUGAAGAGGACUCUGAUUAUUUGGCUUACACCCCAAAGCAGUACAAUAAUACACCACCACCUGCAAGCACAUGGGCCUACACAAGUCCCUAUGUGGCGACAACCCCAAAUAACCUCACUCUCGACAGAAGUCUCAACUGUUCAUGGAAUACUUCGUCAAUGUAUCAAAAUAAUUCACCAAUUUCUCAUGUUUCGCCACCAUCAAACAACAGUUGUAAUGGUCAGGGAUCUAAUAACGACCUCGGUGGCUAUGGUGGAGACUUCACUAAACGAUUGCUAAAACUCCGUGGCGAAACUAUCAGAGAUAGCAUCCUUCAAAAACGCACCAGCACCGGCAUUGCCAAACAACCUCUUCGCCAGAUUCACACAACUCCAUCAGUUGAUCCAUCGGACAUUGUCUAUCAUCAACCCGAACGAUCGGACAACAACAUAUCACCCAGUACCGCAUUUGCGCAAUUGGUUGCGCGUCUCGAUGAACAAUACGGUUUCAAACAGACUUUCAUUCCAUGCGCUCUUGUUAGUAUCCUCCUUUUGUUUUUCUUCUUUGUCGCCUUUUUCUACAUGACCAUAAGUCCGGACUUGAUUAGCACCAUCAACGAAAAGAAUACCGAAUUUACUAUCUGUAAUCCGCACCAUGCUGAUUCAGCCAUAGCAACCGCAGGAUAUUCAUGUGUUGAACAAGAUCAACUUCCAUCGGCGGUUCUUAUGUUGAAACAUUUAAUGCCUGAACUCCAGAAACGGGCUGAAGUGCAUUUUUGUAAAGAUGUCAACCAAGAUCCAACUAUUAAUGCCAGAGAGUUUGUUAAGCAUUUACAUAAAAUGGGAUUGACUACAGAUGUUCGAAAGACUUUAAAGGAUCUUCAUAAUGCCGAGUAUCUGAUCGAGAAGAAUCCCCAAUGGAAGAUUAGACAUGUUUCACCGAUUUCCAAGGAAAUUAUGGCUUUCCAUGAGGUCGUCAAACUACGACCAACUCAAGGCAAUGCAUUUGCACUUGAAAAUCCUCGUCUCCCAAUUACCUGCACCAUUUCCAACAAGAUUCAGCAGUUCUUCGUGGUCAUAGGAUCAGCCACUCUACUUGCCGUUGCAGUUCUUGCAAUUCACAUUGGCUACCGGUUUAUUCAGAGCCGCCGCAAGACGCGAGCCGAUGCUGUUGAAUAUUACACAAAUGAAAUUAUCGCUGAGCUCAUGAGGAAGGCCAUCAGCCCAGACUCAACUCAACCCGAUGUGGUGGUGAAUCAUUUGCGUGACAAAUUGAUUCCAUUGCACAAACGCAAACAAAUGCAAUCUGCUUGGAAUGAAGCUAUACAAAACCUCGAACUCAACGACAGUCGAAUUCAAUUCGAUUUGGCACUGCGAAAUGGGGAGGAAUGCAAAACCAUGAAGUGGAUUGCUAAUGUUUCAGCCGACAUGCUAGCCCGUACCACAAACACUUUGAAACAGUGGCACAGUCCGGCUUUUGACAAGUCUAAUAAAAUUGCAAAUCCGCCAACAAAUUGCCUAAAAAUUCGUCAAAUGUUUGAACCACUCGAGGCGAACAAUCCGAAUUUGAAGACUAUAAUUCAGGAUGCAAUUUUGGAGAAAGUCGGUCCAAAGUGUAAAAUCUACGAUAUCCAAUUGGAUAAGCAGAGUUGUUGUGUUUAUGUUCGUUGUGCUACCGAACAUGAUGCCGGGAUAGUUCAUAAUGAAAUCAAUGGAUGGUGGUUUGAUAAACGUUUGGUUUCUAUUAAAUUUUUGCGGCUACAACGCUACCUCAGUCGAUUCCCGAAAUCAGCAUCGGGACCGAUGUGCCUUCAUCCGUCGAAUGCAAAUAAUUCGUCAAUGACGCAGUGUUCGAAGGAUUUUGCGGGAGUUGUCAAUGGUGUUAAUGAUGAGGAAGAUGAUGACGAUGAUGAUGAUGAGAUGGAUGAGGAGGAGAAUUGAAAAGAAGAGGGGAGACAAAAUACCAACAAACAAACAGCUAAAUUAGUUAAGCGUUUUACUUAAAUUAACUCUUUUUUUUUUCUAAGAAAAUGUUUUUUUUUUUGUAUUUUUUUUUUGUU